AAAACAGCUGAUAGUGACAUAAAAGAAUUUCACUAAAAACGAAAAGGUCUAUGUUUAUUUAGCAAUUUUAUUAAUUAAAUACAAAGAUAAUGUCCUUCACAAUAAUGCAAAAAUUGUCACUGCAGUGCCUGAAAGGGGAUCAGCCUUUAUUGACAACUAUACGUAAUGCGAGUAAAAAGACGGGAGGCAGCACGCGCAACAAGAAAGGUCACCCAAGACCAAAACAUCGUGGCUGGCGUGUCCAGGACGGACAUUGGGUUUCACAGGGCACUUUGCUAGCCACGCAAUUAACUACGCGUUUCCAUCCAGGCAUGAAUGUUGGAUUUGGUCGAAAUGGUACCCUCUACGCCAUGGAGCAUGGGCGAGUAUACGUAACUUGUGAAGAGUUGGACCCGAAUUGGGAUCACAGCUGGGUACAAAGAAACUAUGCCGGUCGCGAGGGCCAAACCAUUUAUAAGAAAUUUUUUAAUGUUAUUCCUGAGGAGCAACAUCAGCGCUUUCGAUUAACAGAAGAGAUUUAGAGAUAAAUGGGUGUUGUUUUUGUAGAACACUAAACAUAUAUAUACAAACCUAAUCUGAGCCUAAAUGCUUUUGUUAAUACAGUUUGAAAUUUGGAGAGAG